GGGAGUCAACGUCGUCUCGCGCCAUCGCUGGGAGAUUUAUCUGUCAGCAACUGAUUUGCUUCCAGAAUGGGUUCUCACACUCCAGAGAUCAUAACGCUGCAGACAGGUCAUUAUGCCAACUUUGUUGGCACUCAUUGGUGGAACAUUCAAGAGGCGUCAUUUGUUUAUGAUCCAACUGCUAAAGUAGAAAUUGACCAUGGCGUCUUAUUUCGUGAAGGAGAAACAUUUCAGCGGGAGAGCACGUUCACGCCGCGGCUGCUGGCGGUGGACCUGCGCGGCAGCCUGGGCGGCCUGCGCCGGCGCGGCCGUCUGUACGGAGAGGAGGCGCCGCCGGCGGCCGCCGCCACCGAGCGGCUCUGGCACGGCGACACGGUGCGCCACAAGGAGGAGCCCGGCCGGCCGGGCCUGCUGCAGCGGCUGGACGGUACCGGUGACCCGGCCGGCGAGAAGGACGUCUGCCAGACCCACGACGGUCAGCCGGCGGAGACGCCUGAGAUCAGAGCAGAGCCGGACGACGACAAGGCAGAGCCUGACGACCCCGCCGGCCCAGACGUCGCGGUGAAGGUGUGGUCCGACUUCCUGGGCACCCACCUACACCCCUGGAGCGUGCACAUACUCACUGAGCACCUGCACGACAACGCCAGCGACCCGUUCGACGUGUUCGGCUACGGUGAAGCCCAGUAUUCACGAGAGGAUUUUCGUGACGGCUUUGAAGAUCGCCUGAGAGCUUACGCCGAGGAGUGCGAUCACCUAGCAGGGUUCCACGUGGUGUCGGACGGGUGUGACGGGUUCGGCGGCGUGGCGGCCGGCGCGCUCGCCCACCUCAGUGACGAGUUCCCGCGGCGGCCGGCGCUGCUGGUACCGCUGCAGCCGCCGGCGCCGGCGCGGCUGACGCUGCCGCAGAUCGUCCACCGUACGGUGAACGCCGCGCUGACGCUGGACGCCGGCGGACGGCUGGCUGCCCUGUCCGCGCCGCUCUCCGUACAGGAGCGAUGGUCGGCGCCGCUCGUCCCGCCCUCUCUGAGACAGUUCGAGCACCUCGAGUACGGCGCGGCGCCGUACGAGGGCAGUGCGCUGCUGGCCGCCGCGCUCGACACGGUCACCGCGCCGUGGCGGCGCAAACAGGGCCCGGUGCCGCUGUACGAGGUGACCGCGGCACUGACGGGCCGCGGCCGGACGGUGGCCGCCGCCGGGCUGGCCCUGCCGCUGGGGACCGGCCCCGGGGACCGGCUGGCAGACUGGCUGGACGCCGGGAGUCUGCGGCUGCAGAGUCUGACGCCCGGGGUGGCCGCGCCCGCCGCCACCGGGACCGGACCGGACGUGUGGAGCGGCUGCGCCGUGCUGCGCGGCGUGCCCGAACAACAGACCAGAUCCGACAGUGACCCGUGGCAGGAGGCGGUGGCGCAGUGGCCGGGCCGCCAGCUGGCCUGCCGGCUGCGGGAGCCGCUGAGGACGGCCGCGCCGUUCCCGUUCCUGUUCACGGCCGACGUCGGCCCGGACGGGCUGGUCCGACCCCGACAGGUCAACGCCACGGCGGUGUCGUCGGCCCCGGCGGCCGGCUCUCUGGUCUCGUCCCGCUCGACCGGCGAGUGCCUGGCCUCCCUGGGCGCUAUCGUCGGCCGCUACAACGUGUCCAAGUUCCACCGGUUCGCCGCCGGCGGCCUGGAGGCGGACGACUUCAGUGAGGUCCGCGAGCGUCUCAGUGACCUGGCCGCCUGCUACCGGCCGGACACGGACGCGCUGUGACCGGUCAGUGACCCAGCUGUGACCGGUCAGUGACCUGGCCGCCUGCUACCGGCCCGACCCAGACGCGCUGUGAUAGGAGAGGGACGGUUAGUGAGGUGCUGUGACCGGUCAGUGACCUGAUGUGACAAACGGUCAGUGAUCGGUCAGUAGCCCGCUGUAAUCGGCCAGUGUCCAGCGUGCAGUGACCUGCUGAGAUCGGCCGGUGCCAGGUGGUCAAUGGCCCUAUGCGACCGAUUGGUAAGGUGCUGUGACCGCUCGGUGCUCAUUGGGGUGGUGUGACCGGCCAUUUAUUCGCUCUGACCGGUCAGUGUGCCGCUGAGGUAAAAAUUGACCUCUGACACGCUGUGACCGGUCAAUGACCCGCUGUGAUUGGUCUGUCAGUUACCCGCAGUUAACGGUCAGUAACCCACUGUGGUCGAUCGGUGGUCACUGACCCGAUGUGACCGGUCAGUGACGCUUUGUGAUCGGUCAGUGACCCGAUGUGACCGGUCACUGCUGCUCCGCGGCACGCUCUGGCCAGUCAGUGCUCCGCUGGGACCGUUCCUCCAACGACCGGCAGUGGGAGCGGCCCGGUCCGACACUGGGAGAUCGCAGCUGUGACCGGUAAAGGGCUGGGGAGUCCUGGUGGAGAUGUUACAGCUGCCGAGUGUGGUGUAAAGGUGUCUCAGCAGCGUAGGAUCCUCGGUUCAGUAGCGGAAAGUCCUGUGAUACCGAAUUCGCUUGUGUGUCAUGCUAACAUGUGAUCAUGGAAGUUGUGGAAAUACAACACGCCUUUUUUACAAGAA